CUCUCGGCGGAGAAGCCGCAUCCUCGGCGGCGGCGGCGGCGGCACACCUUCCUCCCGAAAGCCGAGGCGGCGUCUCCGCCUCCCGCCCCUCGCCCUCCUCCCUCCCUCGGCGACCCACUUCGCUGCGAUGCCUCCUCCUCCUCCUCCGCCGCCGCCGUGGAGCGUGGCUUGGUGAAGCGCCGGCUGCCGAGCCCUCCUGGCCUGGGGAGCUUCCCCCGGGAGCCGCUGCCUUCCUGGGAGGGAGCCGGGGAAGGCAGCCGAGAGGGAAGCGGGGGAAGGGAGCGCGAGGAGGAGGAGGAGGAGGAGGCGGCGGGGGGAGGAGGGGGACCAUGGGGGAGAAGCUGCAGGUGCAUCAGGUUGACAUCGACCCGGAUUUCCAGCCCCAGAGCCGGCCGCGCUCCUGCACCUGGCCGCUGCCUCAGCCGGACUUCCCCGGCGAGGAGGAUGAGGGAGCGGCGGCCGGAGGCGGCGUCGGGGCUGCCCAGUUGCCCUUGGUCGGCGGAGGCGAGGGCGCCGAGAACGCCGGAGCAACGGCGGUGGCGGCGGAGCGCGGGAAAGGCGUGGGGCAGUCGGCGUCGGCGUCUGGGUCGCUGGGGGCCGAGGUGGGUCAGCUGCGGAAGGCCAAGAGCUCCCGGCGCAACGCCUGGGGCAACCUCUCCUACGCCGACCUGAUCACCAAAGCCAUCGAGAGCUCCCCCGAGAAGAGACUCACCCUCUCGCAGAUCUACGACUGGAUGGUCCGCUACGUGCCCUACUUCAAGGAUAAGGGCGACAGCAACAGCUCCGCCGGAUGGAAGGUUGAGAAGAGCUGUCUUUCGUUAUAUCAUCCAUGGGUCAGUAUUCUGCUCCUCACGGAGGAUGGCCAGAUCCCUCUAGGAAGCCAACAAGGAGGCUCUACAUCGACGUCUUUGUUUUAUUCAUCUUUCUCUCAAAUGGAAGUCAAAGUGGAAUUUAAAUGCAAAAUAUCCUUCUCCCACUCUUGGACCCAAGCGCCUCGUCGUCUGUUGCCACAAGAGCGUUUGUGUUGUGCAGGUUUCCUUCACUUCAGUGAGCCUUGUCCUACAUGAACACAGCUGAACAUAAGAGCAUCUUCUGUCUGUAGCGCUGCAUGGACUGAGUUCCCAAGGCUGCUUCCGUUAACAUUGGCUUUAGAAGUUCCCAUUUACAUUUGAUGGCAGUUUUGCGUUGGGUUAUUAGUGUGGAAGCAGCUGGGCCGAGUGGUUUGAGUGUUUAACCAAGACUCUAUAGACCAGGCUUUGAUGCCCAGCUCAGCCAUGAAAUCCCCCGGAGGGCCUUGGGCAAGAAGUCACACGCUCUCAGCCUCAGCGGAAGGCAAUGGCAAACCUCCUCUGAACAAAUCUUGCCAAGAAAACCCCCAUGAUAGGUUUGCCUUCGGGUUGCCAUAAGUCGGAAACACACUGAAGGCACGCAACAACAAAACGAUAAAGCGAGCAUUAUCCCCACCUAACCUGCCCCGUGUUUCAAAGGGAAUCUAUGGCAGACCUGUGGAUCUUUGGCAUGGUCCGAAUUUUGUGAUAGUGAUUUCAAUAAUCUCCUCUCCUCUUCCCCCUGAAUCUGUGAGACAAAACAUGACAGUGUGGCAAAUUACAAUUAAACCUUUUUUUCCAGAAACCUGACUUUCUUGUUGUCAGAUCAAAAAAG